AUGACGCGAGACCAACCUUCAGAAGACGUUGACCGUGUAUCUCGUCAGUCUCUUAGCACUCCGAACAGUCAUUCCACCACUCUUGGGUUGGACCUCAGCUUCGAGGCCGAUUGUUUCGGUUUCGAUCUUGCAGGCGAGAGCUUCGAUGACUUCUUCCCUUUCCCAGCUUUUGCGGGUUUGGCAGAUUUCACGGGUGUCGACUCCGCUGCUGUUUGGCAGUCUGCGGGGGACAAGCCCGGCGCUCUUCUUGCUGAGCCCUCUGUUCAGAGCCACGGCGAGGUGUCGGACGUCAUCAACGACGACAACCGCCACUUAAUCCAACAUUACUUAGAGGUCAUCAAGGGCUACUCCAAAGUAGACGACCGCGCAAAAGAGUCUAGCAAUCUGUUCGUCUCGGCGUUCACGCAGUCGCUGAAAAUUCCACCUCUUCUCUACGCUAUACUCGCCUUCUCGGCCUCCCACCUCUCAAUCAAUGACCCGACUUAUUGCGAUGGAGCUAUCAGAUUCAACCAGCUGGCCGAGGAAACCUCUUGUCAAUACAGAGAGACUCACACGAAAGAGAUUGCCAGUCUUCUCUCGGCCCUCUUCAUCCGGAUCAAACAGCUUCAUGUCAUGGGUAGCAGUCUCGACGCUCUCCUCGAUCUCAUGACGGAGGUCGUCGAGAUCUCUAGUCAGACGAAUAGUCCUUCGUCUCGCUCUGCUAGACGCGCGCGGUACAUGCUUUCGAUUGGGACGUGUCUACUUCGAGCAGAUAUUCUCCGCUACAGAAUCGGUGAAAUUGACGCUAGACUUCACGAUCAGCUAGAGGCAGAGUUUGCCAGUAGCGCGCCUGUAAGAACUGCGGAGAUCAAAUUACUCUACGAGGAUAUUCGGAGGGAGCUUGAGCGCUGCGAACGUGGUAUGCUUCAGUCGACGGGAACCCAAGCCUCGGGCAUCACAACGAAUGAGGUUCUUGGUACAGCCGAGUAUAACUAUCACAUAAUUUCAUCGGCUCUGCACUCGGCCAUUUUAUACCUCUCACAAGUCUACCCGAUGCCAAUCUUUGACGUAAAUCAAUCAAUAUCCAACAUCCUCCGGCAUCAACUCAGGAUCCAACACGACCCAUCGCGAGCCAACUCGCCGCCGUCCAUCCUGCCUUCCUCGAUGUUCUUAGCCGGCUUGUCUACCACGGACCCCAUACACCGUGACUGGGUCAUCAAAACGUUGCGAGAGGCAGAACCUUGGGGCGUUUACAUCAAGAAGAUCAGAUUGCUUCUGGAGGCAAUUCACACCAUGCAAGCUGGCGGAAAGAAGGUUCAUAUUUGUGACGCCAUGGAUCAGGUCACUGGCAGGUUCUUGAUGUAG